GUCUUAGUGAAUACUUUUUAUCUUUCAGGACUUGUAUCGCUAGUUGGUUUAUUAGGCAACACCUUUGUCAUUUCAAUCAUCGUAUCAAGUCGUCGUCGCGGUCAGCGGUCUAAUGUGCAGCUGUUUCUUCUGCAUUUGGCCAUUUCUGAUCUGCUUGUAUGCAUAGUUUGUAUACCGCUGACCUUAUGGGUCAAUUUUUAUUACCCGGAUGAAGACAAGUCCGGUGCUAAUGGUGUAUGUAAGCUUGCAAGGUUUGUCCAGGUGAGUUAGCAAAAGGGUAAUAACUCAGUUACAAUAAAGGGUAAAUAACUUCUGAUUAACUUGCGAUCAGGCAGUCCUUCUUCCCUUUUUAUUUUCGCGCUAUCCCCGAAAAAAGAACGCCUGAUCGCUGUUUAGUUUCCGAUUUCCUUAAUUGAUCGCUUAGUAAGACCAGGCCCCCGGUACAGCACAGCACUAGCGUAAAUCGCAGCACUACCGUAAAUCCUCUAUUAAGGCCUCUCCCCUCUUUUAUAAGUUCUCAGUUUUCAGAGGAAGAAAGUUAAUAAGCUCUUUUAAGCCCAGCCUCCCCUCCAUUCACUAAUAAAUUAUAGACUGUAUUAAUCAAUCAUCACUGUAAAACUUCGUGUAGACUGAUCUGGGAAAUUUUUUAUUUCGUGACCUCCAAGUGCUCCAACUUCUUGUUCUUGAGCUUUUCCACUCUGCAUUCUCGUUUUUCGUGGAGACCAAGAGCCAUAAUGGGAGCCAUUAUGGCUCUUGUGGAGACUGAUUCCUCCAUCACGGAGGGUCCUGGGUUCGAAUCCCAUCUGGGGCUCAGAUUUUUUCUGUGUCCUCUUAUGGUUGAUUCUUUACAUCUCCCUUUAUUUUCCUUUAUGAUUCCAUCGUCUUCUUAAAAUUAAAUACGCUUCCCCGCCCCCUCGAAUUUGUUUGAGAUAAAUAAGCCCUCCCGGGGGCAUAGUACAGGAUUUACGGUAUUUUUCUAGGUCAGUUUUGGCCUGCAAGGCGCAAAAAAGCUAUAAACCGGAAUCUGUUAUUGUGUGAUUUUAUAUAAUUCGUUGAUUCGGUUUUGUUAUUAUACAUGUUUAUGGUUCUCAUUGAGGCUACAAAAAUUUCCCCACUUGAACUUGACAGGAAUUCCUAUUUUUUUUUUUUUUUUAGUUUCUGGCGCCGUCAAGCUCCAUAUGCUUGUUAACUGUGAUCAGUAUUGAUCGUUAUUACUCCCUGGUUCGCCCUUUGCAAGCGAUGAAAACUUGGCUUCGUCCAAAAAUUCUCAUCACAACAGCCUGGAUUUAUGGAGGCGCCAUAUUUCUUCCCACAUUUUACUUUGCCGAGACUGCGAAAGUAUCAACUGAAAGCCAAAGCUUUUGGUAUUGUGGCACGAUUCCUAACAACACCCUCCCUGGUUUUGUAUACCUAAUUUUUCUUUUCAUCUUUGGUUUCGGAAUUCAGUUGAUUACCAUAAUAGUCCUCUAUAGCAGAGUAGGCAAAGCAAUCUGGAGCAGAGAGAGAAAGAUUUCUCGUACAGGAACAGUGUCCAGAGCAAAUGCAGAAACUAUGGACAAAACAAGGAAAAGAGUGACACGUAUGCUUCUAAUUGUUGUCAUAUGCUUUCUUCUCUGUUGGGCACCUUUUGUUAUAUACACUGGAUUUAUCGAGCGUUGGGUGGCUCCAUUCCCAAAUCCUGCAGAUCCUGUUCGAGUUAUCACUUAUGCUUUUGGCCUUUUUAAUUCAGUUUGCAACCCGUUCAUUUAUUUUUUCAAUAGUCCAAACUUUCGAAGGGAUUCUUUGCGGAAAGUUUGUUUGGAAACGAUCACUUCAGGCGGAGAUCAAGAUCAUAAGCAUAAUUAUUCUGGCAGUAGCACAAAGAAUUCCGUAGUGAGUAGAACAGACACAAAGGUGAGAUCUCGUACAAGCACUGUCAAAAAUGACCCGGCCGGGAAACUGACCAAACAAGUCAACAUCAGCAAGGUGAGCCAUGACAACGGCCAAGGAAACCUUGAACGUUCAGAAAACGUUCACUUUUCUUUCGACAAUAAGACAUUUGAUACCAAACUGUAA